AUGAUGCGCAAUGUCGAGGAGAUCUUCAACAACAAGCACCAGUACCCUUGGGUCUUCCUGAACGAGCAAUACUUCAGCUACGACUGGCGCGCAAAGACGACGCUUGCCACCCGUGCAAAGACACACUACGGACUCGUGCCUGCAGAGCAGUGGGAUAUGCCCGAACACAUCAACAGGCUCAAGCAGAGACUGGCCAUGAUCAAGAUGGCGGCCACCGGCAUUCCCUACGGCGGUCGACUCUCGUAUCGCAAAAUGUGCAGAUACAUGUCAGGCUACAUCUUCCGGCAUCCCCUUCUGGACCGCUUCGAAUGGUACUGGCGCCUCGAGCCUGACGUCGUCUACUCCUGUCAGGUCAAGCAGGAUCCGUUCCUACGCCUGGAGAGGCUCAACAAGACUUAUGGCUUCGUCAUUACCACCAAAGACUACACCGUCUCGCUGCCUACCCUCUGGCGCGAGACCAUGAUCUUCGUCAAGAGGAAUCCGCAGUAUCUCGCCAAGAACAACUUGAUGCCAUGGCUGCAUCCCAAUGGAAGCUACAGUACUUGUCACUUUUGGAGCAAUUUCGAGAUUGGGCGUAUAUCUUUCUGGCGCUCAGAAGCCUACACUAAAUAUUUCAAUCACUUAGAAAAAGCAGGAGGCUUCUUCUAUGAACGUUGGGCUAAGUACUCUCUUCAUGUCCACACGCGCAUUCUCAUCUUUACUACAGGCGAUGCACCGGUACAUUCACUCGCUCUCGGCCUCUUUCUGCCCCGAGACCAGGUCCACUAUUUCGAUGACAUUGGAUAUUACCACCGCCCAAUACUACAUUGUCCUGCUUCGCCUGCAUACGAAGAGCACCAAUGCACAUGCAAUCAAUCCGACUCGACAGUCGUCAAACCAGAACAUCAGCCCUUCAUCUGCUUUCAGAGCUGGCUAGCACUCAAUCGCGGCGAUGAAGCCGCCUUUCGGGAAUCGCAAAAAGGCCAACGUCAUCUGGAGUUCUGA